AUGGUGGUGUGCAACGAACUGGGUCUGAACACAUCGAACGCUAUCAUCACAACAGGUCAAAGUGCAAUCGAGUCUCCCACUGUACUGGACAACGUGGUGUGUGUGGGUACCGAAUCCACCCUGUCCGGCUGCCGCUACAGCAAAACCAACUUCAUCUGUCCUGCGAAUCAACAAGUGUGGGUGGACUGUCAAGCCGGCUACAGUGGACUUACGAUUAGCCUUAAAACACGGACUGCUCAGCCACCCUGGCAGGGCACAGUCCUAGUACAAUACAACAACACUUGGGGCACCAUCUGUGACGACCACUUCGACGUGAACGACGCUCGGGUCGUCUGCAAUCAGCUGGGCUUUAACAGUUCGACCCCCUUGGCGGUAGGGAGUGCUGUGUUCGGGGCUGGUGAUGGUCCUGUCUGGAUCACUGACUUGGCCUGUACAGGGACUGAAGCCAACAUUGCUAACUGUCGGCACUCUGCUUACGGAGUCACCAAGUGCCGGCACUACGAGGACGCAGGAGUAGUUUGUACUCCGGGGAACAUUAACGACAUCACGAGUAUACGUCUGGUGGGCCCUACUCCUUACGAAGGUCGGGUGGAAGUGUACUACAAUGGCACUGGCUGGGGUACCGUGUGCGACGACCACUUCAACGACAAGGCUGCCGCUGUGGUGUGCCGCAUGAUGGGCUUCAACACGUAA